AUGAAGAAGGUGCUGCAGAAUCCCGUGCCCCUCGAGUUCCCGUUACCGCUCGGUCCCGGGGCCGAGCAGGAGGAAGGCGGCGAGUUCGGCCAGGAGGAAGGCGGAAAGAGGACGAAGAAGACCUAUAGGUUGGGCAUGGAGUAUGUCGACUACGUGGCGGAGAACCCCCUCCCCCCACUGUACCAAUCCGUUCCUAGUUUCGAUCUGGGAUUCAUCGAGCUGCAAGAAAGAUUUGUCGCUAAACAAAUGGCUGAGCGUGAAGAACGCGACAGCAUCCUCAAGCAGCUGGAGGAAUUCGGUUACGCUGAUGUCGAAAUCCGACGACGACGAGAUUCGCAGGUGAGAAUUGGCUAUGUGCCAUUACAGAUAAUGGGCUGCGCAAAAUUAGUACAUGUGACUAAGGAUAGAAACAAACCUCUCCUGGUUUAA